UACACGUUGCCAACGGCAGCACCAAAGCCAUGUACAUCAACAACACGGAUGCGUUAAAGAUAUGGUUGACGGCGGUUCUGGAACCGCUGUGCGAUGCCGAUCCGGCCGCCCUGGCCCGGUACGUGCUCGCCCUGCUGAAGAAGGACAAACCGGAGAAGGAUCUGAUCGUAUCGAUGAAGGAACAGUUGGACGUGUUCCUGUCCGAGGAAACGCAACCCUUUCUCGAGCGGCUGUUCAAGGUGAUCAAGAGCGAGGAGUAUCUGAAGUGUGCGCCUGCUCCGGCACCGACCGGACCUAGCAAUGGUGCAGCGUCGGCCGUAGCUUCCUCGACCACCAGUGGUAGUGCCAGCGCCCAGCCAGCUACGGCACCAGUGACGCCCGCCGUAUCGCUACCGGCUCCAUCCGCUUCCUCAUCGUCCACCGCGAACCAUCACCAUGCCGAAGAGGUGAGCAGCAGCUCGCGCAUGAGGAUAAAACGCGAAUUUACGCCACCCCUGCAGCAGGAAUCUAGCGCCCGAUCCAGCAAAGACUCACAGUCCAGUAGUGCUGCCGGUUCGAUCUACUACCCCGGAUCGUCAGCGGGUGGCAGUAGUGCAUCAUCGGUUGUGGCCGGUGGUGUAUCGGUGAGCGGCGGAUCUUCCGUAUCGGAACGAUCCUCCAACUCAUCAUCACACCAUCACCAUCAUCACAGCGAACAGCGCUCGGAGAAGACCUCUUCCGGUGGUACGCAUAAUUCCUCGUCCUCGGUCAGCAGCAGUAGUAGCGGUGUGGUGGGUGGUCCGGGUGCAGGAACUGUGGCGAGCGCCAGCAACCAAAAGACGUCCACCUCCACCCAUCAUCAGCAUUCGCCAAUCAAAGGUUCCAGCGGCAAGGAUGAUCAUAGCAAUAGCAGCAGCACGCGCCGCAGCCGCCGUAUGCAGAAUCGUUCUCGCAGCCGUUCCCGGUCCCGGUCACGGUCGUACGAACGUACGCGUGAUACCCGUCGAUCCCGCUCCCGCGAACUUCAGCAACGUACGCGCGGUGGAGGUACCGGUGGUGGUGGUAGUGGUGGAAACAGUGGUACGGGCGGUGGUGGCGGAAGUGGGAUUGAUUCCAAGUCUGGUGGACGUGGAUCGUAUCGCAACAAGUCACCGUUACGUAGCAACGAUUCGUUCCGGCGCUACGAUCGCAAGGGAUACAACAAUGAUCGACGCAACAAUGGUCCCAACAAUGCUGGCGGUACGACGGGGCCUGCUACCACCGGCACUACUGUUUCAAAUUCCGGUGGUAAUGGCAUUGGAAGUACCCGUUCCCAGCGGAUUCGUUCGCAUUCCCGCAGCCGUUCACCGUCACCAAACUCGGAUCGGAGGAAGAUUGCCCGCUCAAUGACACCGGUCCGAUCGGGAGUGACCGCUGCAUCAGCAGCAGCAGUGCCAGGUGAUGGCGCAAUAGUAAAUCCUGUCACGACGCUGGUUCCUCCAGUAACGGGUGGUGUUCCACUUAUUCCGGUCGGUGGUGCAACGGUAGCUCCAACGAUUACUCCCGUACCUCCACCAUCGGUUGGAUCGCUCGAUCGUGCCCUGAAUGCGACGGGCGGUGAAGGUGGAGCUGCAUCGGCCGUUCCCGGAUCUUCCAAGCGGCAGCGUUGCCGUGAUUUCGACGAAAAAGGUUACUGUAUGCGCGGUGAAACAUGCCCCUGGGAUCAUGGUGUCGAUCCGGUCGUACUGGAUGGGCUCAGUGAUCCGGCGAUGAUCGCACAAAUGCGCGGUACGAUUGUGCCCGAGUACAGUCCCGAUGCACCGGAGCUGUGGAACAAACCGUCCGGGAUACCGGGCGGGCCCAUUGGUGGUGUGCCGGCUAUCCGACCGGCACAACGUGUCGGUGGUGGCAUCGGUGGAUUUCUACCACGCGGAGGACCAGUCGGUAUGGGUUUGACGUUCCGCGGUGUUUCUCCAGUGUUUCCAAUGCAAGGCUUUGCCGGUGCUCCGAUCGGUGCUACUCCACUACAACGUGAGCUGAUAUCCGUGCCGGUUGUGGAUGCGAAUAAGGGUGGCGAUGUAUCUGCGGAUCAUCGUGGAAACCGGUUCGAGCCAGAAGAUGCCGUUGCCAUUGCUGACGGACCGAUGGUGGUGAUGGGUGGUGGUGGCGGUGGUAAGCGUAAGAUGCCCAUGAACAAUAGACAUGGACCACGUGCGAUGGGUGGUGGGCAUGGCGGUGUUGGUGGACCCGGCGGACCUGGCUCGAUGAUGAUGAACCCGCAGCACAACUGUUCGCUUGAGCUGCGCAAAAUCCCACGCGGAUUGAAUGAGAUUUCGCACCUGAAUGAUCAUUUUUCAAAGUUUGGUAAAAUCACGAACAUACAGAUCCGGUACGAUAAUGAUCCGGAGGCGGCCAUUGUUACGUUUACGACGCACGCGGAAGCUAAUGUGGCGUACCGGAGUACUGAGGCGGUGCUGAACAAUCGCUUUAUUAAGGUGUUUUGGCACAUACCAACUGCCGGUGGUGAGCAGCCCGCCAUUACAGCACCGGCCAAAACGGAACAUUCGCUGCGAAGAUCGUACCCGAAUCAGUACAGCAUUAACAACAAUCUAAGCUCGGCGGGUGCAACAGGUACGACGCAAACUGGUCCAACCGUUGCAGGUGGCAAAACGCUUCAGCAAACGAAAGACGAUGGGAAUGGUAGUCAGGUGGUGAUGGUGGUAGCGAACGGAAACGAGAAUCUUGCACCGCAACAGCAGCAAGUGGCUGGACCGGGUCCGAAAGGUAACAAUGCUAACAAAUACAUCAGUACGGGUGCACCGGGGGUAGUUGGUGUUCCGGGUGGUAAGACGGCUGCCCGGGCACAGAAUGAGCUGCGCAAGAAGCAAGAACAGGUGAAAAAAGUCAUCAACGAGCGCAAAUACCUUCUCCUGAACGGUUAUCUUAAGGAGCAGCGGAAAUUGCUCGAACUGAUCGUAACGUACGAAGCGAACGAUCCUCGUCGGCCAAAGUUAAAGGAAUCGCUCGAUGAGUUGCAGUCCAAAAUAAACAAUCUGAAGAAAGAGAUCGAGCAGGAUCAGCAACUCCUGAAGGCGAACACGGUCAUCCGAGGUCCGAACGCUCCAAAGCACAAGACGAAAGCUCAGCACGAACGGGAACAGCUCGAUGCGGAGCUGGAACAGAUUGCUCAGGAACAGCGAACGUUCCGUGCACCGGAUGGAGCACCGAUUGGAGGACCACCAACCCAAUCGGUAAAACCUUACGGUACGCGUAAGGCUGGUGCAGUCGUACGGGUAGCACCACCCGGUACGACCAGUGUCGAUCGACGGCCAACCACCAUCUUGAUAACUGGCUUUUUGGAAGAAGAAGCAGAAUCCCUUCUCGAACAUUUCAAACAAUUCGGUGAAGUGACGAAACAUCAGCUCGACAAAACCGAGCCUUCACUGCAGAUCAGCUUCAGUACACGCCCAGUGGCGGAGAAAGCACUGGCACGUGGUAAGCAGUUUAACAAAAAGAUGCUUUCGAUUGUUUGGCAGCAGCAGACGACGGCAGCGAUUGCGCCGGCAGCACCAACCGGUGCGAAUCCGGUGCCAGCAGGGGCAACACCGGCAGAAGUUGGUAAAGAUGGCGGCGACCAUGCGCUGAUACAUUCGAGUAGCGGUCGGGAUGAUGGACUAACGUCGAGGAAGCUGCUGGAAGAGGAAGAGGAGGAAGACCUUGAUGAAUCGAGUGUGGAUCGGAUGGUGCGCACGAGGGGCGGUGGUAGUGGUGGUGCCGACAUCAAUUCAUCCUCGCUGGAAACGCUAACCGAGACGGACGAGCUGAUCGACAUGCCGCUCAUGGUGGAGGAGGAGGAAGACGAUGACGACAUGGAAGGGGAACGAUCGUGGCGUCGUUAG